UCGUUCCAAUUCUCCAGGAAAAUGAUUCGCAGCUUCCUUUACGUGGUUCUCAAUCUCGUUGUCUUCUUGUCAAUUUUCAUUUCUCAGAGCUUGGCGUUAACUCGUUCACCCGAAGUUUGGGCUCUACAAGAUCUAUACAGGUCCUUGAACUACUCAGAGGCGCUUCGAGGAUGGAAUGGUAGUGAUCCUUGUGAGGAGUCUUGGACAGGUGUUGCUUGUUCUGGAUCAUCGGUUAUUCAACUAAAAAUUCAAGGGUUAAACCUCACUGGGAGUCUGUGCAGGCUUUAUAAUCUACGAAAUUUGAAGCUGCUUGAUGUCAGUUCUAAUAACAUAGUGGGCGAAUUACCAUUUGGUUUACCCCCCAAUGUCACUCAUAUGAAUUUAAGCCACAAUUUCUUAAUUGGACCCAUUGGUGACAUAUUUACUGGCUUAGAUAAUCUCAAAGAAAUGGACCUUUCAUACAAUAAUUUGUCGGGAGAUCUACCAAGAUCAUUUGGUUCCUUGACAAACCUUGCUAGAUUGUUCUUGCAGAAUAACACAUUCACUGGAUCAGUCACCUACCUGUCUGAACUUCCACUUACAGAUUUGAACAUUCAAGAUAAUCUGUUCAGUGGCCUUCUUCCACAUCAUUUUUCGUACAUAAAAAAUUUAUGGAUUGGUGGGAAUAAAUUCCAUGCAACGGACAACUCUCCUCCAUGGACUUCUCCUGUAGAGACAUUUUCAGUGGAGCAUAAUAUUAGUCCCCCACGCCCACCCACAACUAAUACAAAUGCCAUCAAGAACUAUGCUCCUCCCAAAGUAAGUGAGCACAAGCAUAAGAAGAAACAAUUAGGUCCUGGAGGAAUUGCUUUUAUGGUUGGUGGAGGAACACUAGUGGCUACAGGUAUCGGACUCCUUGUUGCAAUCCAUUUGAACAAACUGCGUGCUCAAAGCCAGAACUUGAAUCACUCUGAAAGCAAUGACAUCUCUUUGCAUUCUCAUCCAACCAGUGCAAGCAUAGUGGUCUCUUCUUCUGAACUAGAUGACGUGCCACUACUCCCACCUGUCGACGUUGCACCUCUUUUGGGUCCAAUGAGAUUUCUGUACCCGCGCCAUAACAAUGUGGAGGAAGCAUCGAGAAGAAGUUUUUCCAAAAGAGUCAGAUCCAAUGGAAGGACAAAAAUCUAUACCAUAGGGGAGCUUCAGCUAGCUACUAACUACUUCAAUGAAGGCAACCUUCUGGGAGAGGGAUCUCUUGGUCCUGUUUACAAAGCUAAAUUUCCUGAUGGCAAAAUUUUGGCCGUAAAGAUCAUAAACAUGGCGGGUUUGUCUUAUAGAGAAGAGGAAAAGUUCUUGGAUGUCAUUUGCACGGCUUCCAAAUUGAAGCACCCCAACAUCAUACAACUCAAUGGUUACUGUUUAGAACACGGAGAGCAUCUUCUUGUUUAUGAUUACUUUGGAAAUCUAACUCUAUACGAUGCUCUUCAUGGUGGAGCAUGUGAACCACUAUCGUGGGUCCAACGUCUUCAGAUUGCUCUAGCUGUUGCUCAGGCUCUGGACUACUUGCACUCGGCAUGCUGCCCUCCUGUGGCCCAUGGUAACUUGAAGGCAGCCAAUGUUCUACUGGAUGAAAAUUUGAUGCCUCAUAUUUGUGACAGUAGCUUGGCUAUUUUGAGACCACUGGUGAAGAGCAAUCAAGUUAAAAUUCCAGCUACUGAGACUACAAUUGCAGAGAGAGGCUAUAUUCCACCUGACCAUGGCCAGACAGGAUUCAGCAGAAGGAGAGAUGUCUUUGCCUUUGGGGUAUUGCUUAUGGAAUUGUUAACAGGAAGGAAACCUUUCGAUGGUGCCAGACCAAGGGAGGAGCAAUAUCUGGUGAAAUGGGCUUCCCCUAGGCUUUGUGAAAGCACGAGUUUGGAAAAGAUAGUGGAUCCCAGUAUGAAAACAACAUUUUCAUCCAAGGUUCUUUCUCAUUAUGCUGAUAUCAUCUACCUCUGUAUACAGCCUUCGAAACAACACCGUCCCUCAAUGUCUGAAGUUGUGAGCUCUCUUAUAUCUUUUUCCCAAAACUUCAACUUUGCAAAGAGCGGUGUAGCAGAUGCUACUGAACUUUUAGAGAAGUCUUUCCGUUCAGCCAACACAGGCUUCAUAAGUUCGCCAACAGCGAGCCACCUAUCAGCCUGAUGUACAACAUAUGUGUGCAACAUAGAAGCAAACUGGUUGACAUUAACAAGCUAGAAAUUUGCAGUUAAUGUUAGUUCUGGCUUCUUUUUUUUUGUAAAUAUCCAUCUGUGCAGUCCUAAUACAUGAGUUUUUCUUCUUUUGGAA